AAAAGGGAUGAAUGUUCAUUUCAAAGAUGGCGGCGGAGGGAGGAGGGAAGGAGAUGAACGAAAUUAAAACUCAGUUCACCACUCGGGAAGGCGUCUACAAACUCCUCACUCACUCCGAAUACAGCCGCCCCAACAGAGUGCCUUUCAACUCGCAGGGCUCGAACCCGGUCAAGGUCUCCUUCGUCAACGUCAACGACCAGUCCGGCAACGGCGACAGGAUCUGUUUCAAUGUGGGCCGAGAGCUCUACUUCUACAUCUACAAAGGCGUCAGAAAGGCGGCCGACUUGAGCAAGCCCAUAGACAAGCGCAUAUACAAGGGAACGCAGCCCACUUGCCAUGACUUCAACCACCUGACCGCCACAGCAGAGAGUGUGUCCCUGCUGGUGGGUUUUUCAGCGGGACAGGUGCAACUUAUUGACCCAAUAAAGAAGGAGACAAGCAAGCUGUUCAACGAGGAGAGACUAAUAGACAAGUCCCGAGUAACAUGUGUGAAAUGGGUUCCUGGUUCCGAGAGCCUCUUCUUGGUGUCCCACGCCAGUGGAAACUUGUACCUCUACAACGUGGAGCACACGUGUGGCACCACAGCACCACAUUACCAGCUGCUCAAACAGGGCGAGAACUACUCGGUGCACACUUGCAAGAGUAAAUCCACACGCAACCCUCUGCUGAAAUGGACAGUGGGCGAGGGCGCGCUAAACGAAUUUGCCUUCUCGCCCGACGGGAAGUUCCUGGCUUGCGUCAGCCAGGACGGCUUCCUGCGGGUGUUUAACUUUGACGCCGUGGAGCUUCAUGGCACCAUGAAGAGCUACUUCGGUGGAUUGCUGUGCGUUUGCUGGAGCCCAGAUGGGAAGUACAUUGUCGCCGGCGGAGAGGAUGACCUUGUGACUGUGUGGUCAUUCUUGGACUGCAGGGUCAUCGCCCGGGGUCACGGGCACAAGUCCUGGGUAAGUGUGGUGGCGUUCGACCACUACACCACGAGCGUGGAGGAGAGCGACCCCAUGGAGUUCAGUGGUAGCGACGAGGACUUUCAGGAUCAAAUGAUUCACUUUGGCAGAGACCGGGCCAACAGCACGCAGUCCAGACUCUCCAAGCGCAACUCCACGGACAGUCGGCCGGUUAGCGUCACGUAUAGAUUCGGCUCAGUGGGCCAGGACACUCAACUUUGCCUAUGGGACCUAACUGAGGACAUCCUAUUCCCUCAUCUGCCUCUUUCAAGGACACGGACUCACACGAAUGUGAUGAAUGCUAGCGGCCCCCCUGCAGGGGCCAACACAAUCACCAACACCUCUAGUAACGCUACCAACGGAAGCAACAGUGGCGCCAGUACGCCUGGCGUCAACUCACUCUCCACAACCCUGCCACGCUCCAACAGCCUUCCACACCCCGCUGGCCCCACCGUCACCGCCAACAACACCAACAAGACGACCGGCGGCGGUGGCCCCAGCAGCGGGAGCGGCACCGGCGGAAUUAUCGACAGUGCCAUCGCCACGGGAGUCAGCAAGUUCGCCACAUUGUCCUUGCACGACCGGAAGGAGCGCCACCACGAGAAGGACCACAAGCGCAACCACAGCAUGGGUCACAUCAGCAGCAAGAGCAGUGACAAGCUGAACAUGCUGACGAAAACCAAAUCGGACCCUGCAAAAACUCUGGGCACGCUGCUGUGCCCGCGCAUGGAGGACGUGCCCCUCCUCGAGCCCCUCAUCUGUAAAAAGAUAGCACAUGAACGACUGACUGUACUCAUAUUUUUAGAAGACUGUUUAGUGACUGCUUGUCAGGAGGGAUUUAUUUGCACAUGGGCGAGGCCAGGCAAAGUGGGUUUAUUGUCAUCCCAAAACCAAGCCAGCUCUCCCAGUGGAACAGUAGUAUAGCCACAAUAAAUCUGCUGCUAAAGAACCCUGCAACCCAGACUCUGAUGCUGCUCUUCACCCUGCAAGCAUUGCAAGUUUUCCUUUGUGUUCUCUUUUUUUAUUUACCCCCCUCCCUCUGCUUUCCCGUGUUUCUUUGACUGCUUUUUAAAAUUUGGUUUCCAUGGAGUUCUAUGACAGCGAGUCAGCCAUUUUGAAGAGAUUCAUGAGCAUAAAAAUAAGGGCCAAUGAGUGGGAAUACUUGAUUUCCAGUAUGGAUUUGGAAAUGCACUAGUGAAGUCGGACCACAGAGUUGUCAAGUUUUAGUUGGCAAAUGAUGAUUUGAAGAAGGUUUGGGAACUUUCAGGAGCUAAAAGUUAACUUUUUAUGGAGAAAAUGUCCAUCAAAAAAUAGAAUAUAUGGAAGGGACGGGCAGUUGAGUUCAAUUAUCCGCGGAAUACUUUGCUGUUUGCCUCUGUUAAAGGUCAAAAUUCAGUUGAUCUCCUUUCUACUCAAGCUUGUUCUUCAGUCUCCUCAUAAGUCCACACAGUUUAAAACGUCAAUAUUUGACAGUGGAAUCACAAGUUCUCUCGUGAAUAACUUGAAUUCAGUUUAAGCAAAUAAAAGGCUUCCCGGUAGACUUAUAACUCGGUGUAUUUAUGCUGUUUUCAGUUUUAAACUGAGGUUUUCAACAGGAAAAACAGUGCUCCCAGUUCCAUGAGGAAACGUAUUGCUGAGAACGUUACCUUUGAAGAGGAUAUUCUGACGUAACUCAAAAGUCAAGUGGACAUCAUGAAGAACCUCAAAUUAUGAUCUUUACUUCACCCUUUCAAUUUUAUCUUUUGUGUCAAUUCACAAGCUUUAGAUGAAAGGGACGUUUUCCUUGGCCAAGCUUUCGUGGCAGUGCUGUCGGUUCAGGGUUACUUGGUGAAGCGUCCUCGUGUGACCUCCUGAAACUGUGCCCCCCAGCCCCUCCUCCCCCCACCCGCACUCCCUCGCCCUCUCUGUCCCUCCUCAAGUAGAAUCUCCCCCACAAAUAACGUUUUGCACUGAUUUUUCUCUGUUAUUUUGUGUGUUUUUACUCCAUUGGAACAACUAAAAAAAAAAAAAAACCCUAAGCGUGGAGGACCGCCUUGUUGACCUCCUCAGAAUCUGAAUUCCUAAAGUUGGAUGCUGCAAUCACACCGUCUUUUUAAAGAUGAAAAAGUUUGCACUUAAAUUAGCUUCUUAGAAAUGGCUUUACAUUUUGGGUGUACACUGAACUCACAGAUGGCUAAUACAGUAGGUGAAGACACCGAUUAUAAAACUAUUAAAAAAAAUCUUUAUUGAGCAUUUAUUUUAAUAUUAUUUCGGAUUCAAAUCUGCACUGUACCAUAAAUGUGUAUAUUGUGAUUAACUGAUUUGACGGGGGGACGGUGGGUGGCUAAGAACUUACCAUGACUCCAGUGGAAGUUUUGUCAUUGAUAGUUAUAUUUCUAAAGCCUAAACUAUACGUAUAAAUAUUAAAAUAAUCUUGAAUACAAA